AUGACACAAUUACACAUCGAAGAGGUUUAUCCGAAAAGUAUAACUAAUCCCGUACUAAUUAACUUUCAAAAUGGCUACGCGACGGACAAUUUUACAACUGAACAAUGUUUUAUAUACGACAAUGACGAAAAGGAGACCAAAACUAUAGCCACUACAUUAGACGGCUUGGUCUACGCCGGCGAGGAGGAAACAGAAGAUCUUGGCAGAACGUUGAUACUAGCCAGAAAUAAAAGCACCGGUAAAGUACGUGUGAUUGAAUCUAGCUAUGUAGACUUGAAACCAGUCUUCAAAACUAACACAGACGCAGCCCCAUUAGAAACCAGUACAUUGGAACUCAGUAGGAAAUUCGGUUCAAAGAAACAAAAGCAAAGAAUGGAACAACGCGAGAAACUGAAAGUCAACAUCGAAACUGUUACCGAGCAGAUGCAAAACGUUACACAGGAGAUAACCGAAGAUAAAGUCGAUUUAUCCUCAUACAACAAGACCGAUUCAGACGAUUUUUAUAUACCGAUUAUAAAUCGGCAAGCCGAUAAAGUGGAGGAAGUUUACGACAUCAAUAAUAUAUUCACUGAGGAGCAAUAUGAAAAAAUAUACUCUGAACUCGAAGGCAAAGACUAUGAUAACGAUUUGAUUCCAAUCAUCAAAAGUAUUGUUAAAAACAAUUUAUCCCAAAGGAUGACUGUCUUAGCUGUAUACGCAAAUUAUUUACUACAGUUAUACAUAACAAUGAUGAAAGAAAUAAGUAAAAAAAGUUUCACAGUGUGCCCACAUUCGGUUACAUUAAACAGGCAUAUAUUAGACAACUUCCUACUCACUACCAAUGGAAAACGAACUCGUCCUGCCCCAUAUAAAGACAAGUCAUUAUGUUAUGCUAUGGUGAUGUUACUAAUAAUAAAUAAUUGCAAAUUUGACUUGAACAGUCUCUGCGAAUCUAUUAAAAUCACUCCAAACACAGCAGCCAUGAAAGUAAGAGUGACUGGAGCAUCAGUUACUACAUCGGGCAGCAAGAAAGUAGUUCAGUUAAAACUACCUUUGAACACAAAGUCAAGUUUCAGAAGGAGAAGUGCUAAGUUUUAA